AUGUCUGUCUGUCUACGACGCAAUGAAGAUGAAUCAGCAACCAUGUUGCGAGCUUCCCUCUCAAUAGACUUCCUAGUGCCACUACAGAACUUGCUUAUGCGGAUCUUCCAUGACUGUAAUCUUCUUGGAUUUCCCGGCAAAUGUCAGUUCAAGCUCAGUGAAGAGGGUUUGGAGAGACACAAGGAGAAAAUCCCACGAUACGAGGGUGACUGGUAUUUGCUUGAUAUUAUCAAAGGCCAACUUCGUCCCGACGACGACGGCUGGGUCUCGAUUGAAAGGUGGGAGGCAACGAAUAAGACGAACAGACAUCUUCUUGACAUGUAUAUGAAGGCUAUGAACGAAGAGAUGUCACCGGAGGAAGCCAAUGGUGUUACAACUACCCCUGGAGCCGCUAACCGAAGGGGUUUCGGGCCUUAG